UUGCUUUCUCCAUUGAAACUGCAACUGAACCUCUUCAAUUCAGUUCAAGACUGACUCUUUGAUAGUAUUCAAACUCUGUUUCUCGCUCAUUGCUCCAACAAGGUUGAAUGGAGAAAUCAAGACAAGAGAAACGAAAAGAAGCUCGCUUGGCCAAGAAUGCCAGAAAAAACGAAUUUUGGCUUCAACGUCAGAAACCUCAAAAGCACAUUAGCUCUAAAUCUACUGAGAAACCACUUAAUAAGAAGGAUGAAACAGCUAUCCAAUCAGAUGUUAAUUUUGAGACAAGUAGGAGUAGGAAGAAAACUAAUACAAGACAGCAAAAUGAAGUUGAAGAUAGUAAAUCCGAGGUUAAUACGAAAGCAUCAAAGGCAGCAGGAGGAGAAAAGAAGGUGUCAAAGAGAGCCUUGAAAACAAAGUUUGAGAAGUUUUUUGAACUAGAUAAUAAUGGGGCCGAGGAUGAUCUGGAACUGGAAAGGAAACUCGCAAAGAAGCUCAAAGUCAAGGGCGGAAAAUUGAAGGGUGAGGAUCUUGGUCUUAACAUGUUGUUUGAAGAUAUUUCGUGUUUUGAUGAUUCAUUGGGACCCCGACGAGUGGCAUAUCCAGCGGUAUUGCCUUCUAAAGAAUCUGAAAAAGCUCUAAGAAAGAAACGGAAGAAGGAAAAGUUAUUUCCUGAUGACUCAAUGGCUGAAGAUCCUGAGGUUGAAUCUGAAGAUUUUCCUUCUAGGUCAUCUUUGAGCAAAAGACAGAAGAAGCAAAAGUCCUUGAAUGAAACAAAUGAGGGUAACGAGGAAGGUGAUGUGCCAAUUGAGGUAACUAAGCCAAAGGAGUCAUGUGAGACGAAUAUUGUGUUGGAAAAAGUUCCUGCCAAGACACCUAAAAAAUAUGUAGCUCCUCACUUAAGAUCACGUGCAGGGAAUGAGCUUGAAGAGUACGGUCAGAUACGUCGACAAUUGCGUGGUCUUCUAAAUCGGCUCUCGGAAUCUAAUGUGGAACCUAUAACAGGGGAUGUGUCUGUCCUCAUGCGUUCCAUUCCUCGUGGUAUAGCCUCUGAUAUAUUUGGUGAGGAGGUAUUAGCCUCGUGUGCUCAUGGCCCUCGUGGAAAUGAACAGCAUGCUGCUGUUUUUGCUGCUUUUGUGGCUGGCACGGCCUGUUCAGUAGGAAUCGACUUCAGUGCAAAGCUUCUGGCUUUACUUGCCAAAACUUUUGAGGAUGAGUACCACAAAGAGGACAAUAUUUCCUUGAGAAAUCUUACUCUUCUACUCUCUCAACUAUGCACGUUUGGAGUUUGUUCAAGUGAUUUGAUAUACGACUUUCUGAUUGUUUUGAGCAAGCGGUUAACAGAGAUUGAUGUCUCCACCAUCUUGACAGUUUUGCAAUGUUGUGGAAUGAAAAUUAGGGCUGCUGAUCCUCUUGCUAUGAAAAAUUUUAUUGCGAGUGUUCAGAAUAGAGUGAAUGAGGUAAAACUCGCAUGUGAAGAUGACCAGGAGAAAAUCAAUGGAAGAAGGAUGGAGUUCAUGCUUGAAACCAUAUGUGACAUCAAGAACAACAAGAAAAGGCCUAAAGAAGAUACUGCACCUCAUACAAGGAUAAAGAAAUGGCUGCAAAAGCUACGGGCUGAAGACAUAUUAAUAAGUGGACUCAAUUGGAGCAAACUUCUUGAUCCUAACAAGAAGGGCCAGUGGUGGUUAUCUGGGGAUACUGCUUCAACCACGGACAAUGUCGAAGAGGUUGCCAACACAAUAGACAAAGAGGUUCUUGAAGCACAGAAACUUUUGCAGCUGGCUGCUGCACAGAGAAUGAACACAGAUGCUAGAAGGGCAAUCUUUUGUAUAAUUAUGAGUGGGGAGGAUUAUAUCGAUGCAUUUGAGAAGCUUCGGAGAUUGGAUUUACAUGGAAAGCAGGACAGAGAGAUUAUGCGAGUUCUUGUGGAGUGCUGUUUACAGGAGAAAGUCUUUAACAAGUAUUACACAAUUCUGGCUUCCAAAUUGUGUGAGCAUGACAAGAAUCACAAGUUCACAUUACAGUUUUGCCUUUGGGAUCACUUCAAACAGCUAGACACAAUGCAGCUUAGUAGGUCACUGCACCUUGCCAAAUUCGUCGCAGAGAUGGUUGCCAAGUUCACCCUCUCACUUGCUGUACUGAAGACGGUAGAUCUUGCUGACAUCAAGCAACUAACUGCAAAAAGGACGAUGCAUUUCCGGAUGUUAUUUGAGGCCAUCUUUGAGUAUCCCGAUAGCGUGAUAUGGAACAUAUUCACACGCGUGGCUGUCACCCCGGAGCUUGAAAGUCUUAGAGAUGGGAUAGAAUUUUUCAUCAAGUAUAUUGUGGAAACCAAUAAAUCCCUAGGUCAAAAGUUUAAGCUUGCAAGGAAAGCCCUAAACAAUACUGAAGGGGUCCUCCGGUGAGGCCAUUUUUGACACAAAUUUUCCCAUCAACUAUGGUAGUUCAUAGUACUUGCCUACAUUCAGUGUUCUAAAUAUCGGGAUAUAUCGGCGAUAUAUCGGUGAUAUUUAGAAACCGAUAGGAUAAAUGCCAUAUCGGCUUAAUAUAUCGGUCAACUCAAAAUAUCGGGUCAACAUGUGAUAUAUCGGUGAAUUUUUUUUCGGUGGACUUUUUUUUCGUGGACU